AUGCCUGCUAGAAACAAGGAACAAGAGGAGGAGGUCCUAACCUGGAUCGCCGAUGUGCUCGGGGAGCCGUUGCCGAAGGGAGCGUAUGAGGAUGUUCUCAAAGAUGGUGUCAUUUUGUGUAAGCUUAUCAACAAAUUAGCUCCUGGAUCCGUCAAAAAAAUUCAAGAACGAGGAACUAAUUUCCAACUUAUGGAAAACAUUCAAAGGUUUCAGGCAGCUAUUAAAAAGUAUGGCGUUCCAGAGGAGGAAAUUUUCCAGACGGCUGAUCUGUUUGAGAGGCGUAACAUUCCUCAAGUCACCUUGUGUUUAUACUCUUUGGGUAGAAUCACACAAAAGCACCCUGAAUUCAAUGGCCCACAUCUAGGUCCCAAGAUGGCAGAAAAGAACGAGAGAACCUUCACAGAAGAACAACUUAAAGCUCACAACGCUGAACUUAACCUUCAGAUGGGCUUUAACAAAGGAGCCUCACAAGCCGGCCACGGUGGCUUUGGCAAUACCCGUCAUAUG